AUGCCCUCGGACUUCAUCUCAUUGCUCAGUGCGGACCUAGACCUGGAGUCGCCCAAGUCCCUGUACUCACGAGAUUCUCUGAAGUUACACCCAUCACAGAAUUUUCAUAGAGCUGGACUAUUGGAAGAAUCUGUCUAUGAUCUUCUCCCAAAGGAGUUACAGUUACCUCCAUCUAGAGAAACAUCUGUAGCAUCAAUGAGUCAGACAAGUGGUGGUGAGGCAGGCUCGCCUCCUCCAGCUGUAGUUGCUGCUGAUGCUUCUUCAGCUCCCUCCUCUUCCUCCAUGGGCGGUGCUUGCAGCUCCUUUACCACCUCUUCCAGCCCUACCAUUUAUUCUACCUCAGUCACCGACAGCAAGGCUAUGCAAGUCGAGAGCUGCUCCUCAGCCUUGGGGGUAAGUAACCGAGGGGUAAGUGAAAAGCAGUUAACCAGUAACACAGUUCAGCAGCAUCCAUCAACACCGAAGAGGCACACAGUCUUGUACAUCUCACCACCACCUGAGGACUUGCUGGAUAACAGUCGGAUGUCCUGCCAGGAUGAGGGGUGUGGAUUGGAAUCUGAGCAGAGCUGCAGUAUGUGGAUGGAGGAUUCCCCCUCCAACUUCAGUAACAUGAGCACCAGUUCCUACAAUGAUAACACUGAGGUACCUCGUAAAUCACGAAAACGAAAUCCAAAGCAGAGGCCGGGGGUCAAACGACGAGAUUGUGAAGAAUCUAAUAUGGAUAUAUUUGAUGCCGACAGUGCCAAAGCACCUCACUAUGUGCUUUCUCAGCUUACCACGGACAACAAAGGCAACUCAAAAGCAGGAAAUGGAACAUUGGAAAACCAAAAAGGAACUGGAGUAAAGAAGAGUCCUAUGUUAUGUGGACAGUAUCCUGUUAAAAGUGAGGGAAAGGAGCUGAAGAUAGUUGUACAACCUGAGACCCAGCACAGAGCUCGGUACCUGACUGAGGGUAGUCGUGGCUCAGUAAAGGACAGAACACAGCAAGGCUUUCCUACAGUGAAGCUGGAAGGCCAUAAUGAACCAGUGGUGUUGCAGGUGUUUGUGGGCAAUGACUCUGGUCGAGUGAAACCACAUGGAUUUUAUCAGGCCUGCAGGGUAACUGGGCGAAAUACAACUCCCUGCAAAGAAGUGGAUAUCGAAGGCACUACUGUUAUAGAAGUUGGCCUUGAUCCAAGCAACAAUAUGACACUGGCGGUUGACUGCGUAGGGAUAUUGAAAUUGAGGAAUGCUGAUGUUGAAGCCAGAAUAGGAAUUGCUGGUUCCAAGAAAAAGAGCACUCGUGCCAGAUUGGUUUUUCGAGUUAAUAUCACAAGGAAAGAUGGCUCCACUUUGACACUGCAAACACCCUCUUCUCCAAUUUUAUGUACUCAACCAGCAGGAGUGCCAGAAAUCUUAAAGAAGAGCUUACAUAGCUGUUCAGUGAAAGGAGAGGAAGAAGUAUUUUUAAUUGGCAAGAACUUUCUGAAAGGAACUAAAGUUAUUUUCCAAGAAAAUGUUUCUGAUGAAAACUCUUGGAAAUCAGAAGCUGAAAUUGAUAUGGAAUUAUUUCAUCAGAAUCAUCUUAUUGUGAAGGUUCCCCCAUAUCAUGAUCAACAUAUAACUUUGCCAGUAGCAGUGGGAAUAUAUGUAGUAACCAAUGCUGGAAGAUCUCAUGAUGUUCAGCCAUUCACUUACACUCCAGACCCAGCAGCUGUUGCUUUGAAUGUGAAUGUAAAGAAGGAAAUAUCUAGUCCGGCAAGACCUUGCUCUUUCGAAGAAGCCAUGAAAGCAAUGAAAACUACUGGAUGUAACUUAGAUAAGGUAAAUAUGCUUCCUAAUGCUCUGAUCACUCCGCUCAUAUCAAGCACUAUGAUUAAGAGUGAAGACAUUACUCCAAUGGAAGUAACAGCAGAGAAAAGAUCGCCUUCUAUUUUUAAGACUACAAAGACAGUUGGAUCAACUCAACAAACGUUAGAAAAUCUCUCUCACAUAGCAGGAAAUGGGUCUUUUUCAUCAUCAUCUUCCCACUUAACUUCUGAAAAUGAAAAGCAACAACAGAUUCAGCCCAAGGCGUACAACCCAGAGACCCUGACAACUAUCCAAACACAGGACAUUUCACAGCCUGGUACUUUUCCAGCAGUUUCUGCAUCUAGUCAGCUGCCCAGCAGUGAUGCACUACUACAGCAGGCUACACAGUUUCAAACAAGAGAAACUCAGGCUAGAGAGGUGUUACAGUCAGAUGGUACAGUGGUUAACUUGUCACACCUGACUGAGACAUCACAGCAGCAGCAGCAGUCUCCACUGCAAGAACAAGCACAGACUUUACAGCAGCAGAUUUCAUCGAAUAUUUUCCCAUCACCAAAUAGUGUGAGUCAGCAACUACAAAAUACGAUACAACACUUGCAGGCAGGGAGUUUUACAGGUAGUACUGCCAGUGGCAGCAAUGGAAAUGUUGACUUGGUCCAACAAGUUUUAGAGGCACAACAACAGUUAUCUUCAGUUUUAUUUUCUGCUCCAGAUGGUAACGAGAAUGUUGAAGAACAGCUUAGUGCAGGCAUUUUUCAACAAGUCAGUCAAAUUCAAAAUAGCGUGAGCCCUGGAAUGUUUUCCUCAACAGAACCAGCAGUCCAUACCAGGCCAGAUAAUUUAAUAGCUGGAAGAGCUGAAAGUGUUCACCCACAGAAUGAAAACACUUUGUCUAAUCAGCAACAGCAACAGCAGCAACAGCAAGUGAUGGAAUCCUCAGCUGCAAUGGUGAUAGAGAUGCAACAGAGUAUCUGCCAGGCAGCUGCCCAGAUUCAGUCAGAGCUGUUUCCUUCAUCGGCUUCAGCAAAUGGAAACCUUCAACAGUCUCCAGUUUACCAGCAGACUUCUCAUAUGAUGAGUGCAUUAUCAGCCAAUGAGGACAUGCAAAUGCAAUGUGAAUUGUUUUCUCCUCCGGCAGUUUCUGGAAAUGAAACUACUACAACUACCACACAGCAGGUUCCAACUUCUGGCACUACCCUGUUUCAGACAUCAAAUUCAGGAGAUGGAGAAGAGACUGGAGCACAAGCAAAACAGAUUCAGAACAGUGUCUUUCAGACCAUGGUCCAAAUGCAACAUAGUGGGGACAGUCAGCCUCAAGUUGGCCUUUUUUCAUCUACAAAAAGUAUGAGAAGUGUUCAAAAUAGUGGUACCCAGCAGCAAGGCAAUGGUUUAUUCCAGCAAGGUAAUGAGAUGAUGUCACUUCAAUCAGGGAAUUUUUUGCAGCAGUCUUCUCAUUCACAGGCCCAGCUUUUUCAUCCUCAGAAUCCUAUUGCUGAUGCUCAGAACCUUUCCCAGGAAACUCAAGGUUCUAUUUUUCAUAGUCCAAGUCCUAUUGUCCACAGUCAGACUUCUACAGCCUCCUCUGAACAAAUGCAGCCUCCAAUGUUUCACUCUCAAAAUACCAUGGCUGUGCUGCAGGGCUCUUCUGUUCCUCAAGACCAACAGUCAGCCAACAUAUUUCUUUCCCAAAGUCCAAUGAAUAAUCUCCAAACUAACACAGUGGCCCAAGAAGAACAGAUUUCAUUUUUUGCAGCUCAGAAUUCAAUUUCUCCACUUCAGUCAACAUCAAACACUGAGCAGCAAGCUGCUUUCCAGCAGCAGGCUCCAAUAUCACACAUUCAGACCCCUAUGCUUUCCCAGGAACAGGCACAACCCUCCCAGCAAGGUCUAUUUCAGCCUCAGGUUUCCUUGGGCUCCCUUCCUCCUAACCCAAUGCCUCAAAACCAACAAGGAACAAUCUUUCAGUCACAGCACUCAAUAGUUGCCAUCCAGGGUAACUCUGCAUCCCAGGAGCAGCAGCAGCAGCAGCAGCAACAGCAGCAGCAACAACAGAGCAUUUUAUUCAGUAACCAGAACGCCAUGGCACCGAUGGCAUCUCAAAAGCAGCCACCGCCAAACAUGAUAUUCAAUCCAAGUCAAAAUCCAGUGGCUAAUCAGGAGCAGCAGAACCAAUCAAUUUUCCAUCAGCAAAGUAAUAUGGCCACAAUGAAUCAAGAGCAGCAGCCCAUGCAAUUUCAGAACCAGACCACAGUUUCCUCACUUCAGAACCCAGGCCCUGCCCAACCCGAAUCAUCACAGACCUCCUUGUUCCAUAGCUCGCCUCAGAUUCAGUUGGUCCAAGGGUCACCCAGUUCUCAAGAGCAGCAAGUAACACUCUUCCUCUCUCCAGCAUCCAUGUCUGCAUUGCAGACCAGUAUAAACCAACAAGACAUGCAACAGUCUCCCCUUUAUUCCCCUCAGAACAACAUGCCUGGAAUCCAGGGAGCCACAUCUUCACCUCAACCACAGGCUACUUUAUUUCACAACACUACAGGAGGUACAAUGAACCAGCUACAGAAUUCUCCUGGCUCUUCUCAACAGACAUCUGGAAUGUUCUUAUUUGGCAUUCAGAAUAACUGUAGUCAGCUUUUAACUUCUGGACCAGCUACAUUGCCAGAUCAGUUGAUGGCCAUAAGUCCACCAGGCCAGCCACAAAACGAGGGCCAACCACCUGUGACAACACUUCUUUCUCAGCAAAUGCCAGAGAAUUCUCCAAUGGCAUCCUCUAUAAACACCAACCAGAACAUUGAAAAGAUUGAUUUGCUUGUUUCAUUGCAAAACCAAGGGAACAACUUAACUGGCUCCUUUUAA